UUCAACAUGGCAGGCAGUAAGUUGGUGCUGGAAGGGAGAAUAAGUAUUUUGAGCUUUUUCUCAGGACUUGGGGUGAUAAUAAUACCCUUGCUUGUAAAAUUUUGCUCCCAUAUUGACUGGAUAUUCGUUUACCUCACUGAUGUGAAUGGAAGAAUAGCUAUUGCAAUUUAUAUAACAGCUCUCAACGGCUUACUGCUAAUCUUAUACAAGGGUCCUCUAUACAAGGUCGCUGUGCGAGGUUGCUUUUUAGGAUUUGUCUUUGGAUGUGGCCUGAUACUAAGUUUUGCGGAAACGACAUGGACACAAUUUGGCUGGUACAUGUGUUCACUCUCAUUCUUUCACUACUCUGAAUACCUGGUUACAGCCAUCAUCAACCCACGCAGUCUCUCUCUAGACUCCUUCUUGCUCAACCACAGUGUUGAAUAUACAGUAGCAGCAGUCUCCUCCUGGAUGGAGUUCACUGUGGAAAAGAUGCUUAUUCCAGACCUUAAGCAGCCAAACUGGAUCUGUUUUGUGGGACUGGUAAUGGUAUUAUGUGGCGAGGGCCUGCGCAAAUCUGCCAUGCUGACUGCAGGAUCCAACUUCAACCACAUAGUGCAGAAUGAGAAAUCCCAGAGCCACGUGCUGGUCACCAGUGGCGUCUACUCUUUCUUCAGACACCCCUCUUAUGUGGGGUGGUUCUACUGGAGCACUGGUACUCAGAUAAUGCUGUGCAACCCAGUAUGCACUGUGGCCUAUAGCCUGGCCAGCUGGCGGUUUUUCCGGGAGCGUGUUGAGGAAGAGGAGCUCUCUCUCAUCCAUUUCUUUGGAGAGGAUUACAUUGAGUACAAGAAGAAAGUCCCCACUGGUCUGCCCUUUAUCUCAGGCAUCAGAGUAAAUUCGUAAGUUGGGGAGAUGGACAAAGCAAGGGGAACGCGGAAACUUCUAGAAGUGCAUACCUGGACACACUUGACUGGCACUGUGAGCGAGCUGGUUAUGUGGUGGCCUUGUGGCUCUGCUCCCUGGGUGAAUGUGCCCAGGGAAGUGAGGACACAGCACAGCGAGACUGACCUGCUGAUCUGCUCCGAGACACACCGGUCUGCGGUGAGCAGGGCCAAACCCCCCAACUCUACAGCUGUAAGACAGAAACACAUGCAGCCAAGAGGCUCCCAGCACUCACUCACACUAUACCUGCCAAAAAACACAAUUUCUUUGUUCUGAAUACAUUCUCUUCAUAAUAUCAGUGAUGCACCAUGCCUUUCUUACCUCCUCAUAUCCAUGAUUGAGCUGUUUCAUGAGUACAUGAUAUAGGUCCAUUUGUCAUAUCUGAUCUUUUCACAUAUAAUUUCAUGUCAGUUUCUCAAUGUCUGAGUCAUUGUGUUUUUGCUUUUAUUUAUUUUUGUAUCUGUUAAGAUUUAAAGGGAGCUGAGCAACUUUCAUGUUGUACAAUAUGCUGACUCUUGGAAUGUUUAUGGCAAAAGAAUCAACUGGAGUACCAAAUAUUCACAAAGAUCUAUUUAUUUAAAAGGAAGCCUUGCCUUCUCUACUCAUAAAAAGCAGAAUGUUGCAUAUAGUAUUUCUAAAUACCUUCCUUUGUAAGGUAAAAGUGAUCACAUACCUGUUCAAUGAGGUUUAUGUGCCCUGACCAGGUUCCCACAGUGACACCAUAUUACAGUGUGCAAUUACUAAUUUUGGUAUUUUAGAUUCACACUGUCCUUUUGUGAAUAGGAGUUUAUUAUAUUUUCAAUGUGCUUUUGUUAUAGAAUUUGUAACCAGACAGUUCUUGUUAAUUUAACUACAGUUCAGUCAGUUUUAGGCAUAUAUAAUUUUUAAUGCUAAAUGUUGACAAUCUGUAAUAAAAGCAAGAUUCCUAAAUGUAAUAUGUCUCUCACGCUAAAAAUAGUGUGCUAGGCAAAAUUCCUUUCCAUUUUAACCAUAAUUUGAGUGGGUUGAGUGGGUAGAAGGGUCUGUUUGUUUAUUGGAUUCUAAUUCUGUUUGAAGUGGCCAAGUCCAACAGAUGUAUUUAUUGGCACCCAAGUUUCAAUACGUCAGUGCGCAAGAGAGAAUCACAACAUGUAUGGCUAGGAUGGGCAGUAUAGUGUUUUCACUAUUUUACAACUCCAGAUGUUUAACUUCUGUUUAACUUCCAUACCUCACAUGUUUUAGUGUCAUUCUGCUUCUCUCCUUUCACUAUGUCAUAUCAGUGUUUUUCCUCUUUCAAUACAUUUCACAAGUAAAUCAAAUGCCUUGAAUGCAUUCAUUUGAUAAUGGGGCUUAGUUGGGACUACUGGAUGGAUAUUAACAGGCAGUUAGCUGUAUCCAGAGCCAACUGUUCUUUCAAUCUUUGCUGAAGAAAACCUUCUCAGCAUAGUCUAGAUUUAAAGGAUAAUGGAUGAAUGUUUUUUUUUUCUUCACAUUUUCAGUGGAGUUGUUUUUUUUUUUCCCUUGUCAAAUUGUAAAACAUACAGGUUUCACAAAUCCAAUACGCUUCCUUGAUGUAAGAAUGUACAGUAAGAGGGCUGAUUUGAAGUAUAAUGUAAUGUGAAAAAUUUACAAAAGAAGGCGAACUGUAUGACUACGCAUACAACUGGCAUUUUCUGCAUACAGAACUACUACAAACCUCUAAAAUAAAUACCAAAUAUAAAGACAGUGUAUCAAUAUACAUUGAAUAUAACAUUAUGUAGUGAUUUGUUCUAGUUUUGUAUUUAUACCAACAUGUAAUAUGUCAGGUAUCAUGAAAAUGUACCACUUUUUAUAUGUCAA